GUGUGGGGGAGAUUGCGAGCCAAGGACCGUCACAGUGGAUUACGAACUGGCGGCUAUCAACGCUUUCAGGGCGGUCUUCCCAAGCGCCGACGUGCGCGGGUGUUUUUUUCACCUGUCGCAAUGUGUCUACCGCAGACUUCAGUCGGAAGGACUACAGGAGCUGUAUGCUUUUGACCCCGACAUAAACCUGGAAGCUCGCAUGAUCCCAGCUCUUGCAAUUGUGCCCCAGGACGACGUGGAGGGGGCAUUCACCGAGCUUGCGUCCAGCAUCCGCGCAGAACUUCUCCCGGUGGUCGAGGAUGUGUUUAUUGGGCGGCUAACGGCACGGGGCAGAAGAGAUGCGCACUUUCCAAUUAAGCUAUGGAACCACCACGACACCGUUCUCCAGGGCGGCUCCAAGACCACGAACUCAGUGGAAGCCUGGCACCGGAGCUUCCAAGCUCAUGUUCAGUGCUCGCACCCAACUCUCUGGAGAUUCUUGGAGGUGCUACAACGAGAAGACGCCCUGCAACUUCACCGGCUUGGAAGACUCGAGAUGGGCCAGCGCUUCAAGCAGGCCUCGAAAUACGCGAAGGCUGCAGAACGGUUAAAGACACUUGCUAGAGAAUACGACGCUAGUGAUGUGCGACGCUUCCUUAGGGGAGUUGCCCGCAACGUGUCGUUCUAGGUCCCGGGCCAUGUGCCUUUUGUAAAUAAA